AUGGAGGGAGUAUCGGGAUCGAGGGAGUCAGUGCCUUCGCUCUCCGAUUCCACGUCUUCGCUCGAUUCGUCGUCCUCCUCGCAGGAGCGCACGUCGUCGUUUGAAGACGUCAUUUAUGAAAAUGAAAAUGGCGGCAAGCAACGAAUUCCCAUUGAAGACAUCGCUGCCCCCUCUACAUCUGCGCAAGCUGCCGCUGUGGGCGAUGCCUCGAAACCCAUCGACGCGAAGGGCAAGGGAAAGACUGUGGACAACGUAGAAGACGAAAAUGGAGAUGAGCUAGAUAGCGAACGAGGGGAGGCUGGGGUGAAGCUGGUCAAGGAGGGAGAUGAGAUUGACGAAGCGUCCUCUUCCAUCCUCGCAUUCCUCAAUGCCUUCCCGCGCAUCGUGCUGCGAGCGGCAUCGCGAAAAUUCGUCUUCGUGAAGGGCGGCCUGCUCAGCAGCCGCAUCAAGGCCACCUGCACCCACGCCGAUCUCGCCAACGACCACAAGGCCGGCCAGGAGCUCUUCAAGCCAGAGUGGUACGCGGGUGCCGAUAACGAACGCCUGCUGGCUCUCAAGACCGCCAGCGGCGCCUACUGGAGCGUGGAAAAGAAGAACGGCAGCCUGACCCUUGCGAAUACGGCCACGCCGCGCGAGACGGAGCUCUUCGCGGUGGAGUUGCUCAACGGCGGCAGCGGCGUCGCUUUCCGCAGUUGUCUCCAGACCUACGUGGGCCUCAACCCCAAAAAGAAGAACAAGAAGUCGGCGCGGUUGGGUGCCAGCGCGACCACGGCCGGAGUCUACGAGACGUUCUAUGUCAGCAUCAAGCUGGGCCGCUUCUCGACGGACAACCGCGACAAGCUCCACCGCUGGGAGUGCUUCCUCAUCCAGGCCACCGGCAACUGCUGCACCAUCUCCUCCUCUCACAAAAAUGGCCAGAUUCUGAUCGACGCCAAGGACAAGGGCUCGCAGCAGCUUUUCGCGCUCGUCCCCGCCUCGUCACUCACGGACUGGAAGUAUUACAUAAGAACGUGGUACAACGGGUACCUGAGGUGCGAGGAUCCGAAGAACGCGCACGCCCUGUUCGUGGCCGACGUGAAGGACGAGAAGCAGGCCACGCCCUUCCAGCUCCUCCCGCUCGGCGUGCCCGCCGAAGAACUCAAACUGCGGAGCCAAAACCUCUCCUCCAGCAUCAAUGCGCUGCAGACGACGAUCGCCGACGAGGCGGAGGAAACGGAGACUGAGUCCGAGAAGAAGGAGGAGACGCGGGACAAGCAGCAGCUGCACGACGCCAUGCGCGGACGAAGCGACACCACCCUCGCCAAGCUCACCGAGUCCUUGAAGAGCGAAGGCAAGGGGCGAUCGCCGUCGACGCUUCUGCGAGAGCACCUCAUACCGGGCGAAGUGACGGUGAUGAAAAUCGAACAAAUGGCCCACAUCGGAACGAUCUAUGUGACCAACAUGCACAUCAUCUACAACCCACAGUUCGUCUACAAUGACUCCGCUCCGCCGCCCGAAGACGACGAGAAGGGCCGGGCGAGGCGGAAGACCGUGUCGCGCCGCCGGUUGGCCAAGGGCUGGAAGGUGGGCCUGGGCUACAUCGACGCCAUCGAGUCCACCCUCGACGCCGCCACUCCGACCACCACCACUGGCGGCGGUGGCGGCGGCGCGUCGUCGGCCGCAGCGGCCGUCGGCCAACACGGCAAGCAGCACUUCAAGAUCAACCUGUACUGCAAGGACUUCAACGUGAUCCAGCUGGCGUCGCUGCCGGGCCACGACCAGACGACCGAGAGCUGCGCGGCGAUGGUGGACAGGCUGCAGGAGCUGACGUCGGGCUUCCGGGCGAGCGCCGGCGGCGACGACGCGCCGGCGUGUCUGCUCAAGCGGGCGCUCUACGCGCAGGAGGGCGGGUUCGCGGACGACGGCUGGACGCUGUACGACGCGCGGGCCGAGCUCGAGCGUCUGGGCUUCGGGCAGGAGGGCGAUCCGCACUGGCGCCUCACCGACAUCAACGCCGACUACGGCCUCUGCAAGACCUACCCCAGGGUGUUGGCUGUGCCGGCCCAGUUCACGGAUGAGCAGCUGCGAGUGGUCGCCGAGUACCGUUCCCGCGGGCGCCUGCAGUCGGUGGUGUGGCGCCAUCCGGGGACGCAAGCGGUGUUGAUCCGGUGCAGCCAGCCGCGUCGCGGCCUCAAGAUGGCCACCUGCCACGAGGACGAACGCUACGUCGAGUGCGUCCGACAAAUCAGCAAGGCCUACAGCAAGGAGAAGGAGCCCUAUAUCCAGUUCCUCGACGCCCGACCACGCGUCAAUGCCUUUGCCAACCAACUCAACGGCGCCGGCACGGAGGACAUGAGCAACUACAAGAAGUGCAAGAGGAAGUUCCUGGGCAUCGGCAACAUCCACGUCAUGCGAAGCGCCCUCUACAAGGUCGAGAAGCUCGCCUUCCUGGCUCACGAGACCAAGAAGGCGAAGGCGAGCCCGGUGGAGACGGAGGUGGACUUUGAGCAGUGGCUGAGCAAGCGCGAGGAGACCCUCACGUGGCUCGAAUACAUCGCCCUCAUCAUCUCCUCGGCCAAGCAGACCGUGUGCGGGCUGGCAGAGCUGCAGAUCGACCCCUACUUCCGAACGAAGAGCGGGUUCGCGAUCCUAAUCGAGAAGGAGUGGCUCUCCUACGGACACAAGUUCGAGGAGAGGAUCGGCCACCGGGGGCGCGGCGAGAAGGACAAAGAGCGCUCGCCCAUCUUCUUCCAGUGGCUCGAAUGCGUCUAUCAACUGUUGCUUCAGUUCCCGUCGGCGUUCGAGUUCAACGAGAAGUUCAUCCUCGAGAUCCAGCACGCCACCUAUUCGUGCCUCUACGGCACCUUCCUGUGUAAUUCUGAAUAUGAACGGUUGGUCGAGCAGCAGCUGCCCGCGAAAACGACGUCGCUCUGGAGCCAUCUUCUCGACCGGACGGCAGUUCAACAAUCCGACGUACGACGCGAAGGCGACGUCGGGCAUCUUGGACCCGUCCUCGAAGCACAUCAAGCUGUGGACCAAGGGCCACUUCCCCUUCCUUGA